UAAUUUGCGUCACACGUUUAAAAAAGUCAGUAAUAUAUAAGGUAAUCGGUCCGGAGGAAAAUCAUCACUUGGUAACUUUUUAGCUAAAAUUUGAGGAAAUUACACAUUUUAAAUAACGAAAUGACGUUCUAUCCUACUUGGCACAUCUUGAUUGCAAUCGGGACCAUCCUGUCCGCUGUAGUGGAAACUGAGGCAACCAUAAGUCUCCUAUACGAAGGCCACACCGGGGUUAAUUUUACAGGAGGUUAUGCCCACACCUCCGUGUCAACUGAGGACCCAACCGGUUGUGUUGGUCUUCAUCGCUUCGUGGACUUGCAGAUGGUCUCUUUCAACACGUUCAAUCAGUGUUUGGUCCUCUAUUCUGAGCUAAAAUGUCAAGGAGAGUCUCGUGUAUUUAGGGGAAUCUAUUUUGACCUGGGUAAGAUUGGGUGGGCAAAUAAGGCGAGGUCUAUUGCCCCCUUGCCUCCUGACAUGACUUGUCUUUGGGAAUUAAUCGUCUAAAGCAAUUAAUUGUGCGAAUUGGGCCAGUUUGUUGUAGUAAAUUUUUUUUGAAUGAUUGUUUAUUUAUAUUGGG